GGAUUGAAUCUCGCUUGUAGACGAAAUUUGUUUUUGUAGCAGUUUCUUUUUUUAUUUGAAUAACUAUGGAAGAUAUUUUUUAUGAGUGGGUACCAUUUAUUGUGGGAUUAUUUACCGUUUUAGUGGCAUAUUUGUUCUGGAAACGCUCAGCUUCUCUUGAAUCUGAAGGCGAAAAGGUGGAUGCUGCUUCAAAUACCGCGCUUGAAGAAAAAGAAAAAGAGCACCAUGAAGAGAAAGAACAGAAACCAAAGAAAAAAGAGGCUAAGCAUGCUCAAGUGAAGAGAAAGGAAGUGAAAGAUACUUACACCCAUCCUUGGUUGAUCUCAAGCUUAAAGGGACAUAGUGGAGAAAUUUUGGACAUGGAUUACAGUGCCAACGGAAAAUUAUUGGCCUCUUGUGCUAAUGAUCGAUCUGUUAUGCUUUGGACUGUCAAAACAUUUGUGGAGAAAAAUCACAGGUCGAUUCGUGCCAAUGUCGAGUUCGACCAUGCCACCAAUGUCAAAUGGAGCCCCGACGGCAAAGCUUUCAUCGCUUCCGUCGCUACUGCCAACACCAUCCAGGUGUACAAGGUCGGCAAGAAGGCCGAUGGCGCCCUCGGCAACGUCGAACCGAUACUGAAGUUUCCAGAGCUGCACAAUGUGGACAUCAUCGACGUGGGCAUCGCUUGCAACGGACACUUCAUAAUGAGCUGCUCUGCGGAUACCACGAUUGUCAUCUGGGACCUGAAAGGUCAGAAACUGGCAUCAGUUGACACACACCACAUCAACAACUACUAUGCUUGUGUCUCUCCUUGCGGCAGAUUUAUUGCAUCAUCAGGUUUCACUCCAGAUGUAAGGGUGUGGGAAGUCUGUUUCUCCAAAACGGGCGAUUUCAAAGAAGUUAAAAGAGCUUUUGAGUUGAAAGGGCACACGUCAGGAGUAUAUCAUUUUAGUUUCUCAAACGAUUCAUCCAGAAUGGUGACAGUAUCCAAAGAUGGGACGUGGAAACUCUGGGAUACAAACAUUGAAUACGACAAGGGUCAGGAGCCCUAUCUUCUGAAAACCAGUCCACACCAGUCCAGUUCGAAGUGCUUAACAGCCCUCUCACCAGAUGGGAGAACGGUCGCCAUUGCUGAAACAACUGCAUCUGACGUAACAAUAUAUUCUGCAGUCACAGGAGAGUUACAGGUUCAUUUAAAAGACAUUCAUAUAGAGCCAGUGCGGGUGUUACUAUUUUCACCGGAUGGAUUGUACUUGACAGUGGCCACUGGAAAGCACAUAAGACUGUUCCAUAAUGUUCCUGGGUACAAAAAUAAAAUUCUUGGUUUAGAAGAAGCAAAGAAAAAAGCAACGAGUGCUACCAUGAGGGAUCGACUCCAGAGCGAAAUUGAAGAAACUAGGGUAACACUGAAGACGUUCGAAGAGAGCUGAUAGUUUUUGUAAUUUUUUGUACAGAAAUUAACAAAUAUUUUUCAUUAAAUAUAAUUUAAAUCAACA